UCGAGCCGCUGGUAAACCGGUCGAAGCAGCGCGGACACGACCUUGGCUCCCUCUUUGAAAGUCCCAAGCGACCCGAAGAUUACGAGUACCUUUUCCAUUUUGCUCCCGAAGACUUUCUGCCACUUCUAGCGCGAAAGCACAGCCUGACGUUGGAUUUGGUGACCCUUGGUCUCAUGGCAAUUACUAGUUAUCGUUUACUGCUCUUGUCCGAAAAUUACUUUUCUCUCACUGGGCGAGGAUCCACCGCUGCCAAUCCUUAUGGUCAGGCUCAGAGUCCACACCAUCAAAAUUCCGGCAAGGUCCCGAGUGCAUCCACAGCCACAGGCACCGCACGACAUAAUAUUGUUUUGUCGCCGGUGUUUGGCGGUAGUCAUGAGGGAGACUUUCGGCUCACCGUUGUCGCGCCGAUGCGUGACGAAGCAGACGCAACCGAUUUGGUCGCGAAUCUCGUAAGCAGCCGCACUGUUCGGUGUCGCU